AAUUUCGAAGCUUAUUAAGCCGAGGAUCGCGCGCGCACCAUAUAGCUGAGGAUGAUCGCAAGUGAGUGCUUCAAAGUGCGCGUGUGACUUCCCGGAGCUCGGAAGUGGACUCGUCAUUCGUCAGUUGUAGUUUGACCGUCGUGGGAUUAAGUCGUCCAAGUCCAGUUCAGUGUGUGGUCAAGUGGUUUGUUUUGUGUGUGUGUAUGUUUUUUUUUUCUGUGUGGAGUGAAAAGAUCCGAGAUAAGAAGGAAGGAUUAACACGAAAAUUAAAGAAACCAACGACGGGAUCGACUUUGGAAAGGUCGAUCCGCUGCGAAAAGGAUUAAGUUACACAUUGAAGUGCGGUAGAAGGGGGGAAUUCGAUCGAAGAUUUUGUGGUUUCCAGCGGUGGUGAUCCGGGUAGCGGAAGUAUGAAGAAUUUUGGAAGGCAUCAUCAGCGGUGUCCAAGUUCCCAACGGCUGGGGCCUUCGAGGCGGUGAGAAAAGAUUCUGCGGUGUGUGUGGUGGUCAACUGAGACAGGUGAAACGUGAUCUGCAUCAGGUCGUCCGCAUAGAAAGCAACAGUGAAAGAAGUGUGUAAUUUGAAACAGGUGAAAUGAUGAUCGUCUGAAGUUGAGAGGAGUUGCUGGAGAAUCUUGUUCUGAAAGUGCGUUUGGGCAUUCGAAAUGCAUCGGAUUUUGUGCGGUCCCAAGGCGGGAUUGUGUGUCACGGUAGUGCUACUGAUUGUGUUGACUGUCGUGGUGGGAGUGCGGGCCCUGACCGAGGUCGAACUGGAGGACGACUAUCUCGUCGCAACCAAGGAAUUCGAGCAGCAGUGUAUUCACCGUUGUCCGGACCAGAAUCGAACCGGCUUCAAUGAGCAUAUCGACGUCAGCUGCGGCAGUGAUUGCUACAUUACACAGUGUGGAGUCGGUUGUCGAUUGUGGGAGCUAGCGCUGGAGACCUCCUGUCAGAAUGUUUGCAACAAAACUGACCAGGAGCUGUUCGAGCCCAAGGAGCUGUACUGCGUCAUGGGUUGCAACGAUGCGCUGCAGCGGUACUUCAAAUGGCUGAAAACGGAAAUUGGGACGCCACCGGCGCCGGCGCUGGUGGCUGACAGUCUGACGGCAACUUCGCUGUCGCUGGAGUGGGAGAUUCCCGAGCGGUUGGUUCAGUUGACCAAGCAGAAAAGCUACGGACCUAGGAGCUACUUGGUACAGUGGAGGUACGAGGAGGUUGCCGGUGAUUGGAAGUUCUGCCGGAACCAAAGUAUGGGCGACAACUCCACCAUCCGAGUGGAUAACCUGCAGCCUUACACCAAGUAUCGGUUCCGGGUAGCCCUGAUCCUCUCGCCGAAUCGCAACGACGUCCUCAUCUCGGAGCAGAGCGUCAUCAUCCAGACCCUGCCGAAGGGCGUGCCGACGUCCGAACCGAAAAUUGUACGCGCCGUAGCCGUAGAUCAUUCACGAAUUUCCAUCUCAUGGGAACCCGGACCGUUCCCGAACGGUAUCAUCCUAACAUACGUGCUCCAGAUUACAGAUCUCGAUCCCGAAGGCUACAAUGCCCUCAAGGACAUCCCCGAGUCCAACUCGUCCCGGUACUACAUCUUCGAGAAACUCCAUCCGGAGCGAAACUAUUCCGUUUCGGUUUCUAUGCUGAACCCGGAAGGCAAAGGCCCUCCGUCAACGACCUACGUCAAGACGCCACCGCAGCCUCCCGAUCAAGAGAAGGAUAUUCAGCCCACAUUGAUCCUGGGUGCCGAACGGGCUGUCUCCUCACAAGGUUCGGACUUGCUUCUGGACCCCCCGAACAUCCUGUACAGCAGCCACUCCAGCCAGAAAAUCCGCGGCACCGCUAUUCAUAUCCGCCGAAACCUGAUCUUCAUCUCCGAUGAUGCAGGGUACAUCUACAAAGCCCCUCUUAGCAAGGCUGUCGAGCGAGGUCGAACUGCUGCACAUGGUCGAACUGCCAUCCUGACCCCGGAAGCAGGUCACAACUUCCGACCGACAUUGCUUUCGGUGGACUGGCUCAACGAUCACCUCUACAUACUGGGUCAAGUGAAGGCCGGUGGCCUGUGGCAGAUCUCCCGAUGUGAUCUGAACGGCGAUCGCAUGACCGUUGCCUAUGCCGUAUUGCAGAAGAAACCCACCCACUUCGAGGUGGAUCCCUUCAAUGGGUAUCUGUUCUGGGUGAUGAGCAGCGACAGUUCGGAUGCCGGAUUGUUUCGACUCGACCUCGGUGAUAUCUCCAACGGCGUCAAGCACGAGAUCAACCCCCUUCAGUUGAACAACGUGCACAACUUGGGCGCAUUCACGAUCGAUCACGUCCGUUUUCGGGUCCUGGUUCCGGAUCAGAAAAACAACACAGUUCUCUCGAUCUCUCUCGACGGAAAAAUCACCGAGAACAUUCGUCAAAACACGCAGCAACCGCGCUUCGGGAAGGUCAAAUCGAUCGCUCUGGCCAAUGGCCUGUUCUACUGGACCAAUGGGAAGGAAGUUCUGGUCGAAGACUACCACAAGAAACACGAGAGCUACUACCACAAUGCAUUCCCAAUGGAUGUCAACAAUACGUACUUCAGCAUCUACGUGAACCUCACUUCAGCUCAGCCCAUCCCGACGCCGGUGAAUCCUCCGAGGAACGUGCAAGCUCUGCUGACAAACCGGAAGAUCAAGAUCUUCUGGAAUGUACCGCACCUGCUGGGAAUCAAGGGCAAGGGAGCGUGGCAAGAGUGGAAAUACGUACUGGAACUGAUCGACGGAAAGACGAUCCGGAACAUCAGCGGGACGGCAUUCACCUCCGAAGAGCUGGAAUUAGUCAGCCCAGGACAGGAGUACGUGAUUAAGGCUGCGGCCUACACGGACGCCGGGCAGGGACCGUGGAGUACAGAGUUCCGGGUGCGGACGUUGAAGGAUUCGCACGAUCGGCAUAUGGUGUGGUCCGGAAGCGAGGGACUCUUGCGAAGCGAUGUUAUUGGAGACAGCGUCGAGACUUUGAUAGGGCAAACGGAGCUGGAGGAUGGAGUCGUCACGGAUAUUACCUGGUUCGAUAACAUCCUAUACGUGGUUAGCAAUUCAACGUUGUUAUUCUACAAUCAAAGCGAGGCAGGGGUCAGCAAGCUGAGGGAUCUGGAAUCGGUAGAAUGUGUGGCAGUGGAUUGGAUCGGAAGGAGGUUAUAUUUCUACAACCCUUCGCAGCAGAUGAUCGUGCGGAGUAGUUUGCAUGGGGAGCAGCACGAACCGAUUCACAAUGUGAACAAUGUGCGGGCGAUCAAGUUCGAUGCUUUGCGAGGCUUCAUCUAUCACUUUACGGCUUAUGUAGUGGAAGCAUUUCGUUUGAAUGGUAAGGACAGGCAUACCUACUAUCAUGAACAGCACAAUCGGUUCGCCGGGAAGGAAGUGAUAGGGAUGACACUGGAUUUGGAUGGCAAGAAGGUUUACUGGAUCGUUCGAACCAUCAGCAAUCUGGAGCUGUACAGCGAGCACAUGGCUGGAACUGGUUCGCCGAAGCCAGACUCCGGGAAAGUCUCCCCCAUAGCAGUCCUUUCGGAUCAGUUCUCCGUGGGUCCUCUGACACACUUUAGCGAUCGGCUGCUCUGGCUCCAGAAGGACGAAAUCGUCGUCGGAGAUCUACGAGGUGGAAAUCUCGCCCACAUCAAAAAUCAAAAGCUAAACGGGACCCGUGCCUUCGUCAUAGUUGAUCCAGCCCAUCACAUCUACCCGGAAGGUAACCGGAACGUCAACGUCCUCCCCAACCCGGUCAACGACAGUUCCAUUCGCAUCCAGGGUACCUGGAAGAAGUUCCAGAUCGUUUGGAGUCCGGUUUCGAACGUAGACUACGGCAAGGUGUUCUACAAACUGACCAUUAAAGUGGCAGGCAGACCAGAUGAAAUCCACGAACUGUCCAAGCCCAUUCAUCCGUACAACUCGUCCGGAGCGAAUCACAUAAGUCCUCACACGGAGAUCAACGUUACCAUCAGUGCAUUCACUCACUGGCGAUCGUCAUCGUUCUCCGUGGCUCGUCUGUUCAGUCCAUCCGGUAAACCAUCGCAACCGACGCAUCCGCGAGUCUACGUGCGGCACUUUGUCGACCCGAUCAUGUACACACACAACAUCGAAGCCACCUUCCGGUGGUCCCCACCGGAGACUCCCAAUGGACCGAUCGUUGGCUACAAGGUGCACUGCUGGUACGAAGAGGACGGCCAAAUCAAUCAAGUCCUGGAGGGAGAGCAUGUCAACGGAACGGAGCGAAUCAUGCGCAAUCUGGUGCACAACGUGACGUACUACUUCCGAGUGCAGGCUGCCACAACGGCUCGGGCCAGUGAAAUGACUUCGGUGCGGUUGGUGGACACCGCUCACGAUCAUCCGAUUCCGCAAGCUCUGAUCGCCACCCGGGAGUACAUCAUCAAGGUAGACUUUGAUUCGAGGAACUCCACGCAGGUAGUUGGGACAUCAACGCCUGUGAACUUCAUGGCCCGGUUGGCCAGGGAACGGAAGCUGUUUUGGGUGGACGAAAACAAUGAGCUGUUCCAGUUCGAUGGGGCGUCUAAGUUGAAGCUGUACUCCACCAACGGAACGGUGACGUCUUUGACGGUGGAUUGGAUCCAGCGGAUACUGUACUGGUCCCAGCGGGAGCUGGUCGGGAGUGCGAUCUACGCCUUUGAUCUGAGCCGGUUCGAACACGAGGGAGUCCAUCUGGCGAAUGUCGUGCACAAGGAGGGAAACAUUAGCAAUCUGGUGGUGUCUCCGUUCGAUCGAAAACUCUUCUGGAUCGAGGAAGUGCCGGAGGAUGUGAUUUUCGUGCACACCUUCGAUGACAAAAAGACGGUGGAAUUUUUCGACGAUAGCUUCGAGGAAUGUCCUAAUCGGACGGCUGGAAUUACGGUCCAUCCGAUGUUGACGUUGCAGACUUCGGUCAGCGAAGAGGCCAGACUGUUUUGGGGUGAGACUGGAUUGCGUAGCAUCGGGUUGAGCAACAAGACGUGUGUGAACUUUGGCUUUGAGUACUACCCGAACAUGAAGAGCAUCGCAAAGGAUAGUGAUCACUUCUACUGGUUGGAUGGAAACGAUGCAAUCGUUCGGAUGGAUGAAACGGGUGAUCGUGAGACGAUCACGAUACCUGGAGCAAGAACACUGCUACCGCUACAACUACAGUACUUCCCCGAGAGGCAGUGCUUGAUUCCGCUACAGAAGGAUCAAAGCUAUCAGGCCAACUUGCUUCGCAAGACGGAGAAUUCGUUGACUUUGUGGCUGCCGAAGGCAGAGGUCCACACAAAUUGUUCCACACAGCCUACGGGAAUCCGGUAUCUGAUCUUCUACGAAGAACUGAGCGAGGCGAACAAGAACGGAACAGUGGAUUGUGAUCCAUUGGUAUGUAGACGCGUGAGUUCAUAUGACCGAAGCAAGACCAUCGAAGGACUGAAACCGUUUACCUGGUACAAGUUCCAGGUCAUGCUAACCAAUUUCUAUCAGGAGCACUAUGGCUCGGUAGCAGGACUUGACAGCCCUCGGAUGGGUGCGAUAACGAUACUCAGUACGGCUGUGGGAGCCCCGUCCAAGCCGGAAAACAUCUACGCAGCAACGCUCAGUCCAACCGAAGCCAUUGUCUACUGGUCUCCUUCGGUGGUGAAGAACAGCGAUCGCGUGUGGUAUGAGAUCCACUGGCAGACGGAGAACAUUCACGAUGGGGUGAAAAAUAAACAGCAGCAGCCCGUUGGAGAGUUUGACGAAAGUUCGGGUAAUCUCUCGAUAAGCCUCAAUCGACUGCAGCCGAAUCAUUCGUACACUAUCUGGAUCCAAGCUCACUCGACCAAGACGACGUUUAGCAUAAGCGAUCAGGCGCAGAUCGUGACCUUCCCGGAACCGGAUGACAUCCACCUGGUGUUCAACUCGUCCACUGAGCUGUGCGUCAGCUGGCGGCCCCAUAUGAUCAUUUCACAGUACAAAGUGCAAUACUCCGCCGUUGGCAGCAAGUCCUGGGAAACGAUCUUCGAGACGGGCGUCAACGCUACCACCCCGGAGAACGACGAAUACAAAGUGACAGGACUUCAGCCCAAGACGCAAUACCGAUUCAUCGUGCUGCUGUUCUACCCGAACCGCAAGGAUCCGUACGUGUGGCCUCCGGAUGUGCGGUUCGUCUAUGAAACCGAUGCCGAUCGGCCCAGCACACCGAGCCGCCCAAUCGUGACCCAACUUCGGCAGGAUGUCUACAAAGUUUCCUGGGAACCUGCCAAAGACAACGGAGCCGUCAUCCUGGAGUACGCUCUGGAAGCCUUGGUGCGAUCACCUCGCAACAUGAACCGGGUAGAACGCAGUGCCGCCGUCGAACAGCUCAACGACGGCAACUCCGAAGAGAUGAACAAUACGAUCCCAACUCGCAUGGAUGUCAUCCCGACCGACAGCCAAGAGUACGUGACGUUCGACGAACACUGGGAUCUGGUAUAUAACGGAACCGACGUCUACUGGAUCAUCCCGGAGAAGCAGACCUUCCACAAGCACACGUUCCGGGUUCGGGCACGAAACUCCUGCGGUUGGGGUCCGUUCAGCGGUGAAAGUGAACCCGUCAGUGAACCGCUGCUAUCGGGUCAAACCGGAAGCUACCUGAUGAUCGUCCUGAUCAUCAGCGCCUCCAUCCUGAUCAUCUUUGUGGUGCUGAUCUUGGUCGUCUGUGCGUGCCGUCGCGCCGAGCUUGAAAAGAAAAUUCUAAUUGAUGCAACCACUACUCGCAUUCCAGAUGUGGAGCUGGCGAACCUUCGCGAGCUGCCACGGCGCGGCAAUUUCAUUCACAGCAACAACAUCCUGUACAGCUCGAGCCCGCUGACGGACUCGGAGAUUGCACUGCUGCCGCAGAUCCGACGCGAGCAGAUUUCGAUGACCAGUUCACCAUUCUUGGGCAGCGGAGCGUUCGGUGAGGUGUACGAAGGAAUCGUCAAGGGAGUAGGAGCCGAUGCGGAGACUCGCGUUGCGAUCAAGACUCUCCGGAAGGGAGCUACCGAGCAGGAGAAGGCUGAAUUCCUGCAGGAAGCUCAUCUGAUGAGCAACUUCAAGCACAAACACAUACUGAAGCUGAUCGGGGUUUGUUUGGAUCUGGACUCGCUGUACAUCAUCAUGGAGCUGAUGCAGGGAGGUGACCUGCUGAGCUAUCUACGCUCGAAUCGUCCGACGCCGGGUAUUCCUUCGAUUUUGACGCUUCUCGAUCUGAUAUCGAUGUGCGUAGACGUCGCGACGGGUUGCCGCUACCUGGAGGAGAUGCACUUUGUCCACCGGGAUUUGGCCUGUCGAAACUGUUUGGUUUCGUCAAUGGAUCCGAGGGAGCGAGUCGUCAAGAUCGGCGAUUUCGGGCUGGCUCGGGACAUCUACAAAAAUGACUACUACAGAAAGGAGGGAGAAGGACUGCUACCGGUCAGGUGGAUGUCUCCGGAAAGUCUAGUCGAUGGAGUGUUCACGUCUCAGUCGGACAUUUGGGCAUUCGGCGUGCUCCUGUGGGAGAUCAUGACCCUAGGGCAGCAGCCGUAUCCGGCCAGGAACAACGUCGAAGUGCUGCACUAUGUGCGGGACGGUGGUCGACUUGGUCGACCACAGGACUGCCCGGAAGAACUAUAUCAACUGAUGCUGAAGUGCUGGAGCUACUCGCCGGAAGAUCGACCGACCUUCCGCUACUUGCUGGAAGUGCUGAAAUCUCUCAAGGAACGAACCAGCGAUUCAAUACAAAUCACUUCCCAAUUUCCCUGUAAGGUUCAGAACGGUGCGGUGUUUAACCGAUCCUAUCUGCUUUCCGACAUCAAUCACAAUCCGUUCAUGGCAGACAUCAAAUUCGUCGGCAACAGUGGAAGCGGCGGAGGCUUCAUCAUCACUCCACCGACCUCUUCGAGUGGUGGAAGUGGAGCCACCUUGAUGACCACGACCAUCCCGAAGUAUCUGGAACUGGUCUACGAAGAUAGUCACAGCCAGAAUAGCAAGUGUUCGACAGGCGAGGAUGUCCCUCUCACCGUUGGACUUCCGCCGCCACAGCAUCAGAACCAGGUGAUGCCAACAGACAACGGGUACGAGAUCCCAAUUCACGAGAUCCUCCUGAGGCAACACUCGAGCAACAGUAUCAAAGGCCGGACGUUCUCCAGUUCGUCGACGGUCAGCAACGUCAGCACGCUACCGGCCACGGCAUCGACGACGACGGCGGUCUGUUCGACCGGGACUAGUUCCUCCCAAUGUCAGGACGACUGUUCCAGCUUGGAAGCGCUGCUUCCAAUGAACUCGAUCCUCACCGUGAAGCUUCCGGACGAGGAAGAACCACCCACCGGAAUGGACUACCAGUGUAGUGGGACGGAAUCCAGCGAUACGAACGAAGAUAGUAUUAACAACGGGGAGCAGCAGGUCGGUGGGUCCGUCGCGGACGAAAGCAAAUCAGUCAUGUGAGCAGCUACUAACUAGUUUAUAGGUAACGGAACAAACAAAGUCGACACACAGGCAGAAGUUGGAACAUUCCAAAUAACCAUCCGUGGUAGAAACCUAUUAGACCUAGGAAACGCUCAAAACCAACCACCACCUAGACGUAACCAAACGACUCUCAACCUUUUAAGCUAACCUACCUACUGUUUAGUUAACCUAAUGGAAUCUUAGUUAGAACCAACGAUUGUAAAUACGGGGUCAAACAGAACCAAAACAAAGCCCAAAACAUAACCUAUAAGCUGAAUGUCAGUGU